AUGUCUUACCAGGUGCUGCGUGCGUCGUCCAGCUCUGCAACUCGCCGGCGACUGCUUCGAGCACAGGCUCAGCUAGAAGCAGCGAAGAAAAUUCGGGUGCUCGAAGAGCAGGCGCUGGCCCGCAAAAAGACGCUGGUCGAUUUGGAACUAAAAGUUGCGCUGGCAGAAAUUGCAGACGCCAGCAGCAGAGCAGGCAGCUCAGUCCUCAGUGGACUUACCGGUAGUAGUAGGAGCCUGGCACUGCAGCCAGCCCAUGCCACUGUUGUCGAUAGCAGUAAAGUGGAACGCGUAGCAGAGCGGGUGAGGACCCAAGACAUCUCCUACGUCCCCGAUCAGGCGCCCAGUGCUAACACAGCACAGUCCGCCUGUGCUGCUGUGGAGUGUGCCUCUUGUACCCGGGAGCUGUCUGCGGAGCACAGGGCACCGCCAGGCAUUCUGCACCCUGCGGAGCACACAUGUAGUGUAGCCGCCCCUUCAGACAGUGCUCCCCCGCAGCCGGUCAGCCAUCAGGUCACAUUUGCAGCUGGCCAGCCUGCUUCUCAGUAUGUAGCGCCUCCUGCGGUACGCCAGUCAGCGCCAGCUCCUGCGUUACGCCAGUCAGCACCAGCCCCGGCUGUAGGCCAGUCAGCGCCAGCUCCUGCGGUACGCCAGUCAGCUCCGGCUGUAGGCCAGUCAGCGCCAGCUCCAGUGAUCCGCUCGAACGCGAAGGCAGCCCCAUUUGUGACCGUGCCCAUGACGAGCCUCGGUGAUUCGCCAGGUGCUAGGGAGCUGCAACCCCGACAACAGCUACAUCGUGCGUGGUCCGAGCUGGUCAUGAAUGAACAAGUGCUGCACCAGACAUUGGGUCAGGUCACACAAGCCAAUCCGCCGACUGCGCGUGCUCCACCUGCACCACCUGACGUGGUGAAUCCGAAUAAACCCGGAAAGUUGAGAUUGGUCUUUGACGCGGCGUCAAAGACAGGUGGGAGGAGCCUUAAUGAUGCGCUGCUGUCUGGGCCAGACCUGCUCCGUCCACUGCCAACGUUUCUGUUCGGCUUCCGGGAGCGCCGUUUUGCGUUCGGUGCCAACAUUGCCGAAAUGUUCCACCAGGUUCAGAUCUGUGAAGCUGACCGAGACAGCCAACGGUUCCUGUGGCGGACCGAUCUGAGUCAACCACCUGACAUCUUCAGGAUGAAGUCAAUGACAUUUGGUGCGACAUCGUCCUCUUCGUCGGCAAUGUUCGUCAAGAACCACAAUGCUCACAGCCACUCGCAGACGUCGUCUCGGCUGCAGACUGCCAUAGUCGAGCGUCACUACAUGGACGACUAUUUUGACUCCACAGACACCGUUGAAGAAGCCACCGCACUGUCUGCUGACGUCAUCCGCAUCCACAAGGACAGAGGCUUCGUCAUCCGCCAUUGGAUCAGCAACUCGCCAGCCGUUCUGGCAUCUGUACCAGCUAGCUGGCCAUCCGCCGCUCCUGAAGUGGAGCCAGAGGACACGGACCCCGAGCUGAAGCGAGAGUUCUGCGGGGCCACUGUCGCCACGACGUCCCUGCAGGAAGCGCUCACCGAUAUCGCCAGGUUUUCGUCAUGGAUGCGUCUGGUUCGCACCACAGCCUGGGUGACCCGCUUCGUUGAGCACCUGAAGGCUAGAGUCGCCAAGAAAGCCGUGAAUCCCGGUAGCGAACUGUUGCCAUCAGAGUUCUGACAUGCCCAGCAGCUCUGGUGGGAGAACGUGCAGCAACAGUCGUUCCCUGACGAACUCGCCGCGCUGCAGCAGGGCAAGCCAGUCACCCGCAGCAGCCGCCUGGCAUCGCUGACGCUGACCCUAUUGGACAGCACCAUAGUGGUUCACGGGAGAACAGACAACACGCCUCACUUGCCUGAGUCUACAAAGCGUCCAGUGUUACUCGACCCUGACCACCGCUACACCCGAUUACUCAUCCUGCAGCACCACGUCUGGGCAGGUCAUCAAGGGCAGGAACAAGUUCGGAACGAUUUACGCCAGCAGUACUGGAUUCCCAGAUCUCGAGCCGCUGUUCGCUGUGCCUGGAACUCCUGUUUGAGGUGCCGUCACCUCGCAGCCACACCGCAGCCACCGGUAAUGGCGCCGCUACCGGAGUGCAGAACCGCAGCGUACGAGCGCCUGUUCUCCCACACGGGAGUUGACUACUUUGGUCCAAUUGAGGUGACUGUCGGGCGUCGACGCGAGAAACGAUAUGGCGUUCUAUUCACGUGUUUGACAGUUUGAGCCGUGCACCUGGAAAUAGCCUCCAGCCUGACAACCGACUCGUGUAUCAUGGCGAUCCGCCGCAUGAUCGCUCGGCGCGGAUACCCUGCUGUACUGUAUUUGGACAAUGGCAUGAAUUUCAAAGGAGCUGAACGGGAGCUUGCGGAGGCGAUUGCAGCGCUAGAUGUCGGUGACCUCAUGCGUGAGCUGACGCCCAGAAACAUCAAGUGGGUCUUCAACCCUCCUGCCGCGCCCCACAUGGGUGGCGCUUGGGAGCGCUUAGUGCCCUCAGUAAAGAUCGCUCUGAAAGCGACUCUCAAGGAACGGGUGUCACGUGACGAGGUGCUGACCACCGUCAUGGCCGGGCUGAGUGCAUCGUAAAUGGCCGGCCACUGACACACGUUUCUAUCGACCAUGCAGAUGCCGAGAGUCUGACGCCGAAUCACUUUCUGCUCGGCCGCAACCACCGAGCUGUUGCGCCAGGGAAGUUUGAUGAGAAGUGCCUGAGGAAGCAGUGGCGGAUUUCCCAGGCCAUGAUCGAUAUGUUCUGGCAGCGCUGGGUCCGAGAGUAUCUCCCCACGCUAACGCGCCGGACCAAGUGGUUCAAGGCGGCAGAGCCGAUCAAGGUUAACGACGUUGUCGUCAUUGCUGAUCCACAGUUGGCCCGAAGCUGCUGGCCGAAGGGCAUCGUGGAGAAUGUGUACCCCGGAAAGGAUGGCAAGAUCCGCAUUGUGGACGUCCGCACAGCGAUGGGAACGUUCCGUCGCCCGGUGUCGCGCAUCUGCGUGCUUGAUGUCCGUGCAUGAGUCAUGUGUUGGCUAACUGCAUCCGUUAGCAGGUGGGAGAAUGUUGUCGCCACUCACCUGUUCUGUAAAUGUUUCAAGACAGCCUCUUGAAUGAUUCUCGUUUUGACCUUACCUUGUCUGUUUAUUUAUUCAUCUUCCUCUGUCUCUGAGUCACAUUGCUGCGAGCGCACGUGGAGAUGCUCCAGUUUUCAGCCAUGUCGUCUGUUCCGUUAUUACGAGUGUCCAUGCAUGCUAUUGUUCUACUGACGCUGAUAAUUCUCUCCUUCUGUCUAGUCGUGUUCUACUCUGCUUCUCUGUCUCACUUCUAUUCUGUUUCUGCUUCGAACGUGUAGUUGUUUGAGCUGCUCUCAUGAUAAUUUAUUUGUAUUUUUGAAACCCUUUGUACCCGCGAUCAUGCGCUUGUACAACUGCGCUGUGCUGUAUGACUCACGGAUGUUUUUUUGCACGAUUUCCGCCCACUAAAAAUGGCGUCCUUUUUUUGCCGAAAUUUGAAAAUUUGAAUCUCUGGCCGUGGUGGAUUACUGAAAUACUUAUCGAUAUACUGCUCUAAAGCAGGUCACUACCCAGCCCAAACUGGGUUCUGUACGGUGAAAUCGUGUUCUUUUUCUUUGACUCCUUCCUAGCUUCACUUUCAUACCUCGCGCACCACGAUCGAAAUUCAAAUUGCCUCGCAGAGAACGAAGUUGUGUUCCACGCUCGACCUGAAAUUGCGCAGAUACUAGCACAAGCUUUCUUGGCCAUUAUCAAGU